AUGACCCUAUCGACAUUCGCAGGCAGCUGGACCCUGGUCACCGGCGGCGCCAGCGGCAUUGGCCUGGCGGUGGCGCAGGUGAUGGCCCAGCGCGGCAGCAACCUCGUCCUGCUGGACCGCGACACGGAGCGACUUGCCGCCGCACGCGAACGACUGAGCGCCCUGGGCGUCCAGGUGCGCGCAGAGGCGGCAGACGUCUCUGCCCCAUCACAGCUCGAAUCGCUGGCCCGCCAACUCACGCAGGACGGCAUCCACAUCCAGCAACUUGUCACGGCCGCCGGCAUCCUUCAGCCCAUGCGCGACAUUGAAUCGCUGGAGCAGGCCGACCACGACAGGGUGUGGCAGGUCAAUUACCACGGCACCUACCACUGCUGCCGCAUCUGGGGCGAACCCAUGCGCAGCGCGGGCGCUGGUGCCAUCGUCACCGUGUCUUCCAUCACCGCCAUGCGCGCCACGCCGCUGAUCGCCUACGGCCCCGCCAAAGCUGCACUGCAGGCGCUGACGGCAUCGCUCAGCGUCUCCUACGCGCAGGACGGUGUCCGCAUCAACGCUGUGGCUCCCGGCUUCACGCUGACCGAGGCGCUCGACGCCAAGUUCGCCUCCGGCCAACGCGACCCUGCCGCCAUCCUCUCGCACAUCCCGAUGAAGCGGUUUGCGCGGCCCGAAGAGAUCGGCAAUGCCGUCGCCUUCCUGCUUUCCGAACAGGCAUCGGCCGUGACCGGUAUAUCGUUGCCCGUGGACUGCGGUUGGCUGGCAGGCGGCGCCUGGAGCACCUACACCCCACUGGGCCAGAAACUCGACGGGAGCAACGACCAUGCACUUUGA